CGGUGGGUGGUGGUGCGCUCCGGAAGCGCAGGGCAGCGGCGGCAGUAGCGGGUGUUCGCGCUCUUAGUCGGACCCGAUUCUCAGCUGCGGCCGUUGGAAUCCAGUAAUCAACAUGUCUAGCAAAAGAGCAAAGACAAAGACCGCCAAAAAGCGCCCUCAGCGCGCCACCUCCAAUGUAUUUGCAAUGUUCGAUCAGUCACAAAUUCAGGAAUUCAAAGAGGCCUUUAACAUGAUUGAUCAGAACAGAGAUGGCUUCGUUGACAAAGAAGACUUGCAUGAUAUGCUUGCUUCCCUUGGGAAGAAUCCAACUGAUGAAUACCUAGAUGCCAUGAUGAAUGAGGCUCCAGGCCCUAUAAACUUCACUAUGUUCCUUACAAUGUUUGGAGAGAAGUUAAAUGGCACAGAUCCAGAAGAUGUAAUCAGAAAUGCUUUUGCUUGUUUUGAUGAAGAGGCAACUGGGUUUAUUCAAGAAGAUUACCUGAGAGAGUUGCUGACAACAAUGGGAGACAGAUUUACAGAUGAAGAAGUUGAUGAGCUGUACAGAGAGGCACCAGUAGACAAAAAGGGCAAUUUCAAUUACAUCGAAUUCACACGCAUCCUUAAACAUGGAGCAAAAGACAAAGAUGACUGAACAAAACUCCAGACACCUGCAGCUAGAUAACUUUGUUUUCCACUCAUGUUUAUUUCUCAGGGUAUUUUUCCUGGUAGAAUCUGUUGCAUGCCUUUAGCUUUACAGCUGUUAACGCUUCUUCAUAUAUUUAUGGAUUACAGACCAUUUGGGCAAACUUGCAUCAAUAUAAUCAUACUGGAAAUGGGAGGUCUGUAUUGUAACAAUACAGAUUUGGUAAUAAAAAAUAAGUGACUGUGAAGGCCCAGGAAAAAAUUGCAAUGUUUUUAGUUUUAGGUGGAUUUUUACAUUUUUUUAUAACGUCAUUUUCAAAUAAAGAUUGCUAUUUAAGUAAAGUAGCUCAUUUAAAAUUUUUUUACUUGCAAAGAAGGAAAGGUUUCUCCCACCUUAUCUAAAUAAUUUCUCCAAACAGAAGCAGUCAGGACAUCUACUAUUGACCUCUGUUUCAGCUCUAAAAUACUAAGCGGUGAUUUUAUGACAAUAAUGGACACUCUUUGUUUAGUCUGUGCUGAUCUUGUAUGUACUGUGAAGUUACAGUUUUAGAUAACAUUGAGAAAGUUCCUAUAUUUCAGUCUCUGGUUCAAAGUAAAUGAACAGUUCUGGUUUUAAAAGUCAGAUUUGUCACAAAUUAUGGGACAAAAAAUCCUAAGAAUUGAGGUGAUGCAUCAUAACUUUAACUCUUCCAUUUCUCAAGUGAUUUAUUGGGUCAUUAAUUUUACACAGUUAAUUAGGGUUUUUGUUUGUUUGCUUUUAAAGUAACAUCCUUGCUUUUCUAAAUGAGAAAAUUAUUUAAUGGUGAAUGACAGGAGACCUGCUACUUAGACCUCAGAUACAGUGGGCGCAUCUAAA